UCCCCGCAGAGGGCGCUGCAGGGCCGCCUCCCCGCCGCACGGCUCCUCCGCUGACGGGAGGCGCGCUCCGGGCGGGGCGGGCGCGGCGCCGCCCCGGGCAGUGUCGGCGGGCGGCCGGGGCGCUGCGGCAGUGGCGCCAUGCACUCCCUGGCCCAGGAGAUCCGCAGCUUCUCCAGGGCCAACCUGCGGAAGCAGCGCACCCGCGUCACGACGCUGACCGGCCGCAGGAUCGUCGAGACGUGGCGCGGCGCCUGCCUGCACACGGAGGAGGAGGAGGAGGCGGCGCCGGGCGGCGGCUUCGUGCAGGAUCUCAGCGCCGACCUGCAGGUCGGCGUGGUGAAGCCCUGGCUGCUGCUGGGAUCGCAGGAUGCUGCCCACGACCUGGAGACGAUGAGAAAGCACAAGGUCACUCACGUUCUAAACGUGGCAUACGGAGUCCAAAAUGCCUUCCUCAAUGACUUUAUAUACAAGACUAUUUCCAUUCUGGACCUCCCAGAAACUGAUAUUACCUCCUAUUUCCCUGAAUGUUUUGAGUUUAUUGAGAAAGCCAAGAUCCAGGAUGGCGUGGUGCUGGUUCACUGCAAUGCAGGAGUCUCCCGUGCAGCAGCUGUAGUCAUUGGUUUUCUAAUGAAUUCAGAAAGACUGAGCUUUGCCAGAGCCUUCUCCUUGGUGAAGAAUGCCAGGCCUGCAGCUUGUCCAAACCCUGGCUUCAUGGAGCAGCUCCACAAGUACCAGGAACAGAUUGUAAAGGCAAAUGGAAGCAUAAACAGCCAUGACUGAUCCAAAGGGAAGAGGGAAAUACCUGUUCUGACCGUACAGGAACAGAUGUUGGAUGUACUUUAAUCUGUCAUUUUGAAAUCCCCUUUCACAUGUGCAUUUCCAAGUCUUUAUAUAGUUUUUCUUACCCUCCUUUGACCAUGUUUCUUCCAGCAUGUCAUCAAAAGGCCAAAUGGUGUUGUACUGACUUCAGAGAAGUUUUGCCUUAAACCAGAGCACUAAUAAGAUACAGCUCAGUUUUCAUUGAAAUAUUAGAAAACAAUAGAAUGUUGGUUUGCUUAUUGAAGGAAGUAAAAUGACUGAGAUAAGUUGCUUUCUUUCCAAAUCCAUGCAUUCCUAGUUGGUUGUAAAAUCUAGAUAAUAAAAUGUUCAUAUAAUGAACUACUUUGAUACUGGAUUUUAAAAUUAUUUUGCAACUAUAGACGAUAUUAUUGAAUUUUGUGGGCUAGCCAGCCAUUAAUUUUUUUUUUAAAUUAAAACGAUGGUCUUUGGAGGAUGCUCAAAAUGCAUAGGAUGAUUUAAUGCUUCGUUUAUUUCUAUUGUUUGUCAUCUAGUAGUGAUUUGAAGUGCACUAACUUGAUGAGCUCAGUCUUGGAACUAGCAGGGUUUAUUUCAUGUAAAUCGUUUUGGUAGAGAUACAAAAAAUGUUGAUAAUUACCUCUCUGCUGAUGCUGCUGUCUUUUAUUCACAUCUUCCCGUGCUGUCCCCUCACUCCAUUCCAUGUCAUAUGUAAAGAACAGACACCAUAGGGUAUGUAAUUUUGACCCUCCUGAGGGAUCCCAGGCUGAAAUUACUGUAUUAAUAUGUCUUUAAAAAAAUCUACAAGUUUUUCAUAGUAUUUUGUGGCCUUCAUGCCAGCUCUUAAGGAUUUGAUAUAUUAAUAUGCAACAAAAUAAAGAGAACACUGUGUUUGGAUAAAA